GUACUUAAGGUCUGUAAACUACCUUAUCAGUUAUGCAUAGACGAUAUGCCUACAGCUGAUCCGUCUGUCAAAGGAUGCAUAGAUGAGCAUUAUGUCUGUGCCAGGCAGUGAGAUCCUGCUUGAAGCUGAUCUGAGGCAGCUGGAGUGUCACCACACCUGGGACUUAAACAAAGACGACACUGACCUCAACUUCCUAGAGGUCAAGUUCAGUGAAAGCCUCCAAUCCUCCCAGGGCUACGUCGGUAACGUGGCCGAAUACGGCCUGAACUUUUUGGCCUACGUGAAAUUCUUGCAGGGUCACAGCGCCGCGUCCCUCGAAAACCUUCAACUGGCCCUGCAGCAAAAUUCCUGCCGCGCUGAAAAAUGUGCCGUGACCUACGCAUGCUUGGCCUGGGUGCAGCACCACGUGGGGGACGUGGAUGCAGCCAAGUGCUACCUCCAGAAAACAAAAGAGGCCUGUGGAGCCUGUGUGAGCUCACACUCCACCACCCAGCCCCCUCUCCCUCCCCCUCCCCCUCGGCAGGUGCUCAGCGAAAAGGCCUGGGCCCUCCUGUUCUUCUCCAAAAAGCAGCACUAUUACAGCCGAGCCAAAGAGAUCUUCCAGGAGGCCCUGUUGAAGGAACCCGACGACAAGGAGUGGAACACGGGCUACGCCUUCGCCCUGUUCCGUCUGGAGGGCCUGGAGACCAGAGAGGACAAGAGGCUGCCCGUCGUCGUCUCCCCUGCCGUCCAGCAGCUGAAAAGAGCCAUGGCCCUCGACCCCGACAACCCCAUGAUCCGCGUGUACCUGGGCCUGAAGUGCUACAAGAACGGCAGGAACGCGGAGGCCUGGGAGCACAUGAGGAGGGCCCUGGGCAUGGCCCCGGACAACCUGGUGGUGGUGCUGCAGGUGGCCAAGUUCAUGAAGAAGGAGCAGUCGCACGACAUGGCCCUGCACGUGCUGCUCAGGAUGCUGAAGAGGGCGCCAAACUCCUCUCGCUUGCACCACGAGAUCGGCAACAACUACCGCUGGAAGGCCAUCGCCAUGAAGCAGCCCCACCACCCCAAACUCCUCAAGCGAUGCAUCUUCCACUUCGAGGAGGGUGCUCGCCUGAAUCCUGCCUUCAUAUACCCUCAGGUGGAGUUGGCGCUGAGGUAUGCAGAGGUGAACAACAUAGCAGAGGCGGAGAGAAAAUUCCAGAAGCUGUUUUCCCUUCCUGACCUUCAGGCCAAAGACCUCCAGGCCUGCCACCGCAUGUAUGGGGACUUCCACCUGCACCGGCUCGGCGCUGAGAAGACUGCCGUGGAGCACUACAAGCACGGGAUGAGGCUGCAGAACAUCUCUACUGAAUGGACCCGCUGUCGUUCCCGCCUUUUGAAAAUCAUGAAGCCUUAUCAGGACAUUUAUAAAAUUUGUGAAUUCAUUGAUUCGUUCAGAAGUGGAGAAGCACAUGAUCAUAAGCAGACAGAUCCUGCUGCCCAUUAGUCUGCCAGGUCUGAAUGAGUUACCAGAAGUAGAUAUUUUGAAUCUUUGGAGAUUUCUAAUCCCAGCCCAAAGCACGUUGCACAGCUCACUCACGUACACCAGCAACAAUAAUGUAGAAGCCAAAUUAACCUACAUGUGGUUGAGUUUGAAUUUGUAUUUGCAACUUUUGGAAGCUUAAAUGAUAUCUGCUAUGUUUGCAUGCUUACUUGUAAACAUUUUGUCUACAUUUUAAAUAUUUAUCUUACUUGUGUUGGAUGAAAAUCUGUGCUGAGUGAUUCAGUUUAGAACACAAUUUGUAGACAUGAAAUAGGUGUAGGCUACAGUUUUACAAUAUAAUUUAGGCUUGGUACAAACAACAUUAUAUGUGUCUGGAUUUCAAUCCCAGACACGUCUCUCAGAGCAAAAGUGACAAAAUCGCCAUUACAGUUUUGUUUUUGUGAUUUUCAUCUUUUUUGAAGAAUGUGCCAGGUGAUCACAGGAAGAAGCUACCCAGUGUUUAAGAAAACAUUAUUGGGCUGUUUCAAAGAUAACAUUGUGUCUUUAAAAGGGACAAUUUAAUGUGUUUUAUAUGGGAAAGAGAGAAAAUUUCAGGGCAGAAUUCUUUGCUUUCCACUUUAAAAAAGUGAGCACAUUCAGAAGUCCACAUAUUCUUCAGAUAUUACCAGAUUGCCAUGUGUAAGGUAUCGUUGAAGUCAUGGAAUCUGCACUCUCAGAAGAAUAUAUGACUAUGUCUCAGAGCAUACUUGCAGCCUGUUUUCCUGUGGCUGGUCACAUAUAGCCUACAUUAUUACCGGUAGGCCUAUAUAUCCUGUUCAUACAGUAGCCAAUAGGCCCAUGCCAUAAUGCCCAUACAGUGUAAGCUACAAGCUUUUUAUGUGAAUGCAAGCCUACGCCUUUAUGCGAUUCCCUUGACUUUUACAUGUAGCCUAUUAUUGCCCAUUGAUGAAUAUUGUGAGUAUUAUACUUUUUCAUGUUGCUUUAAUUUCUUGUUGCCAUGAAUUGUGCAAUAAAUGAGUAUUUGAAAACUCUCCAGGGUAUACAAUUGAAUGCACUUCCCAGACUCAUUUUAUUUCUAGGAUUGCUAAAUAAUCU